GCUGACUUCUUGAAAUGAGUCUGGUGAUCAGAAACGCGCAGCGGGUCAUCCCCAUCAGGAGGGCGUGUCUUCGCCAGAAGGUGGAGGCCGCCAGGAGGAUUUUGGGUGUGCAUAAGUUCGCACUGGGGCUUGUCUGCGUAGACAACAGGAACAUGCGGCGCAUCAACCGGGUCUACAGGCAGAAAGAUGUGCCCACCGAUGUGCUUUCUUUUCCGUUUCAUGAGAAUCUGAAAACAGGUGAAUUUCCCCAGCCUGAUUUUCCAGAUGACUACAAUCUGGGAGACAUUUUCUUAGGAGUGGAGUAUAUCUUCCAGCAGUGCAAAGAAAAUGAAGAUUACUAUGAUAUUCUGACUGUGACAGCCACCCAUGGACUCUGCCACCUGCUGGGCUUCACACACAACACAGAGGCUGAAUGGCAAAAGAUGUACCAGAAGGAGAAGCAGGUGCUGGAUGAACUGAGCAGAUGCACCCGGACCAGGCUCCAACCUCUGAGCAAGGGCCUUUUCUGAUGACCUUAGAUCCCCUGACACCAGGAUGGAGGGUAUGAGAGGUGGGCUCUCCCCUUGGGCCCGGCAGACCUAUGGCUCCUCAGACUGGGCACAAGCCCAGUAAAUUCCAGGAGUGAACCUGAACAUAGAUUUUUGUUCAUUAUUAUGAUUGAAAUAAUUCUAAGCCAUUGGAAUUAAGAGAUGGAACAUAUAAACCAUGCUCUUCUUUGGGCA